UCAUCGAUUCUUUCCCUUUACAGAUAUUUUGUGUAAAAAAGGGCCCUAGUCACCAGAUUCUAGUCUUCAGUUGAUCUGUCUACUGUCUUUAUAAAGAUCUAGAUCUAGAAGUCUAGCAGUAAACAGAAGAUACACAGACAUCAACUGAAAAAUAUUCUGCUCUGUGCAAAUGGGAAAAUACCUCUACACAAACCAUUUCUUAAAUGUAUCUCCUACAUAAAAAGUGUCAACUUCACCAAAGCUAACCCAAAAAAUGGACACAUCUGAUGUGAUUUCCACCAAUAUUAUCAUAUAAAGUAUCUUAUCAUCAUUGUUAUAGAAGACUUCAACAGCUCAUUAUGUCUAAUCAUAGUGACUCCAUUGAGUCAAUGGAUGACAUAGAUAUGGAUUUAUUAUGUGAUGAACUGGAAAAUUUGACUGAAAUGGUAGAUGUUGAAGAUGUGCCAUCAGCGCUUAUAAUAACUAACAUUGAUAUCAGUGUUUUUGAGGACACAGUAGCACAGUCAACAUUUGAAAAUGUGUUCAGAGAACUUGAUAAAGAUGUUAGCUUUAUUUAUCUUAAAAACUUCAGAAGAGCUCGUGUUCAGUUCUCGUCAUCUGAAUCCUCAUCUAUUGCUAGAAUUCGCUAUGAUGGUGUAACUAUUUGUGGGCAGAGUAUUCGGUGUUAUUUUAUUCAGCAUAUCAGACCGCAAAAUACAGAUAACACUCACUUACAACCACCUGCACCACAGAGGAUGUUUUUAAUCUCUCCACCUGCAUCACCACCAGUGGGAUGGGAACCAGUUCCAGAGGCUGAACCUGUCAUUAACUAUGAUCUUCUUCAUGCUAUUGCUAAGCUCAAUCCUGGUAAUACCCAUGAAGUCCAUCCUCCAACAGUAGCUGCACCUGCAAUUGUUGUGCAUCUUUGUGAAGAUCCAGAAGGUUAUGAGCCUGGUAAGAUCAGGCAAAUGAUAAAGCAGACCAAAAGGCCGGACGGUGGUACUAGUUGAACCUAGCAACUCAUGCUUAAACAUUGUAACUUAAAUCUUUGUGUGCAUUAAUACUGUUAUGGAAAUGUUUCCUUAGAAACUUAAUCAUGCAUAAAUGUCCCUAUCAGUAGUUCAGUCAAGCAAACAUUAAUAUGUCAUGUUUAUAGUGUUGGCAUGUUAUAUUUGUAGUAACAUUAGCACAACUCAUAUGCAUUAGAGUAGUAAGUGGCUGUGAGCAUAUGAAUUAUUUAUUUCUAAAACUAAAUAUCUGUGUUUAUUUCUUUAAGCCUCUAUCUUCACAUACCAAUUUAAUUAAAAAUAUGCUAAUGCCUAGCAGUAUUUAUACUAUACAGAUGAUCGAUCUGGCAUUUUUCAAUUCUUAAACCUCCUUUUUUUACAAUUUUACCAUCAAUUUGCCAAAAAACAAACAUUUGCUGAAAAGCAAUAUUUCUGCUAGCUAUAAGUUUAUUAAUAUAACAGACCCCUUUUCUCAUACAUCACUGUUUAUGUUUCAAAGCAAUAUUUCAGCAUUUAUAAUCAAUUAAAAAUUCUUAACAUCUUUAUAACUAUUAUGGACUCAUUACUGACAGUUAAAAUGUUGCCUAUUUUACCACUGAUUAUUUUACAUCUAAUUUCAUUUUCUCAGGAAAUUAGUUCAUAUUGAAAUAAUAUUAAACCCCUUAUGCAUAUCUGAAGGUUUCUAAAGCAAAUUAUUGGUAUAUGUGUUUAAAGUGUUUAGGUUUUUUCCCAAAGAUUUAUUUUAUGAUCCAUCCACUGUUUCAAAUAAAAUGUUUAAAAUGGUAGAGAUUUUUUUUUUAAUUUAUUAAAAGUUCUUGGGAUAUUACUCAUUAAUUUAAAAAUGUAUUACUUGAAUUCAUACACAUGUUUAUAAAAAUGUGAAUUAAGAGAACAAAUUCAAGAAACCACAUAAGAAAUUUUUUAACAAAUUAUAUUUAAAACUAAAUAAUUUAUGAUAAUAGCUGACAUAGUUUAUUUUUUAAUUAACUGUCACUAAAAUGACUAUUAUUUUAAUCUAAAUAAUUACAUAUUUACAGAAUACAUUAACUUACUUACGCAAUGUUUCAUAAUUUAAGUGAUUAUAUUCUGAGAAGCUAUGCUGUAUUAUAUUAUGCAAAAAUUAAACUUACCUGCUUUA